AUGAGUCAAAGGCAGAUUGCAAGACAAAUGGAGACUAGUUUGGAACGCGAUCUUAUCCGACGGUUAGUGUUUUGCGAAUUCGUGAAGGCUCAAUUACGAGACAAUCAAGAUUUUUUAUUUAACGAUUUGUUUACGGAUGAAGCCACAAUUACCAAUAACGGGUGUGUAACCAGACACAACUCGCAUUACUAUGUCCAGCAAAAUCCCCAUUGGAAUCAGGAAAAGCGCUUCCAAGAAGUUUUCAGUGUUAAUGCUUGGUAUGGAAUUGUUAACCACGUCAUUGAACGCCGCUCGGCCACUGUCACCGAUGAUGACUCACCCAUCAUAGCCGCACAAACCAGAAAGAUCUCGACAGCCCAUAGGCGUCAAACGUCAACGGUGGCACUGUUGUACUUCAUCAGGCACUGGUCGUCGUCACAUUUCAACGGUGAAACUCACGACGUGAAAAGUUACUACUGCCAAGAUUGUAACUAUCGGACUGUUCUGACCCUCCUUUUCAAACAACAUCUUCAGGACCGUCAUGGUAUUAAAAAAGAACAAGAACAAUACUACACUUGGAAGAAGUGUCCAUUCAAAACUAAACCAAACUACCAUUUAAAAAGUCACAUAAAUGGACGCCAUUCCGAUGGACAAGAUAUUAAACGGGUCACGUGCCAAGAGUGUCCAUUUAAAACCAAGUACAAUCACUCUUUGAAAAUGCACAUCCACGUUAAACAUUUACUACUAGUAGAUAAAGAAAUUAAAUGGUACUACUGUGAAAAAUGUUCCUACAAAGGUAAAUUUAGCUGGGAGUUAAAGAAACACAUCAACGCUCUUCAUUUAGAAGAAGACGACAUUAAAUGGUAUGAAUGCAAAGAGUGCCAAUUCAAAACCAAGCAUAAACCGUACUUAAACAUCCACAUAAACCCCCGCCAUUUAAACGGCGCCGACAUUAAAUGA